AUGACCGGGAAUGAGUCGAGCCGACUCCUUGCCACUGCAAACCCGCGCCGCAAACACGUCCCGACAACCUUCAACCUCACCAGACGCCAGCAAUUCCGGACAAACUGGAGGCAAUCUCUUUCGAUGACUGGUUUCGCUUCUGAGUCACAGGCAGUAAUUAUGAGCCAUCGCUCCCCAGAAGAGAAUAGCGCCUGCCCCACCAACGACGCUGCUGCCACGACGUCACUCAAAACCGACGACACGGCCUCAGCUUCUGUCGCCCAGCUCACCUCAAGUUCUCAGCUCACGACUUUCCUUCAGCGCCCGCCUUGA